ACAAUCGUAACUAUAAAGUUUAGCCAGGCAGAUUUGUGGUACCGAGCAUCGUAUAAAAGGCGAUAAACUCUGCAUACGCAGCUCAGAAGUAUUUGAAAUCUGUAGACACAAUCUGUUAGCCAUGCCCGAGCUGAAUUCCGACACGAACUUAAAGCUACUGGCUGCACCUGCUUGGCUCACCCGCGAAUACGUGCAGCAGAGGUUGCGGAACUACCUGAAAGAAACAAAGCUGCAGCUGCAACAGCUGCACAUCCAGCCGGCCACGGUCAAUGGGGAGAACUAUGCGAGCGUAAUGACGAGGAUCAUUGUAGAGUAUACGGACAAUAAUCAAUGCCAGCAUACGGACAAUUUUAUAGUUAAGACCACGUUCGCUGACAAGGAUCCGGCUGCUCAUAUGCUGGAACAAUAUGGCGUGUAUGUCCGUGAAAUGGAUAUGUACGAGGAACUGCUGCCCAAGCUGGCGAAGAUCAUUCAGAUAGAGCUGCAAGAUCAACGAAAAAUGUUUGCGCGCACAGUGUAUGUGGAUCGGGAACACGACUCGAUUCUGUUCGAGGACAUGACCUUGGACAAAUACUGUGUAGCGGAUCGCAUUAAGCAACUGGAUCUGGAUCACGCUCAUCUAGUACUGGAAAAAUUGGCGAAAUUCCAUGCAGCCGGCGCAGUGCUGAGCGAACGGCAGCCAGGGAUUUAUGGUGAGAAAUACGAUCGCUGCUUCUUCAAUAGACACACGCAAGCCUACAAGCCGAUUAUGCAGAAUAUGCUGAGAGCUUUAAUCAUCUCCAUCGAGGAUGAUCCGGCCCUGCAUCAACGCUACGCAGCUAAACUUAAUGGUGUCGUCGAUCACAUCAUGGAAUACAGUGAACAGACGAUGGAACUGAAGACAGGAGACUUCGCCACCCUCUGCCAUGGCGAUCUAUGGACUACGAAUAUAAUGUUUAAUUACCUGAAGCAAGGCAAGCCGGAUAACAUGAUCUUUAUAGAUUUUCAGUUCAGCGUUUGGAGCUCGCCGGCUAUCGAUCUGCACUAUUUUUUCAGCACCUCGUUGCAAGAUAAUCUCUACAAGCAUCAUCAAACCGAGCUAGUCCAGUUCUACCACCAGAAGCUUGUGGAAGCACUUGCUAAACUUAAAUAUGAAGGUCUCGUGCCUAGCUUAUUUGAGUUUCAGCUCCAAUUUCAAGCGCGUGCUUUUUAUGCUAUUUUCUGCUCACUGGUUUUUCUGCCCGCCAUGCUGCACAAUGGACCCGAGGAAUUCUCCAUUGAAAAAGCUCUGUCCCUGUCUGAGGCCGAUGUGGCUCUGAGAGUAUCCAUAUACAAAAGCGAGCAAUACCAGAAGAAACUAAGAAAAAUUUUACCUAUUUUCGAUCACAAAGGAUUGCUCGAUGAGAUAUAAAUAAUAUUAAACUUU